AUGGGGAAGGAGAAUGCAACGCUAUGGACAGAGUUUAUUCUCACAGGACUCACAUACCAACCACAGUGGAAAAUUCCUCUGUUCCUGAUGUUCUUGGUGAUUUAUCUGAUCACCAUUGUGGGCAACCUUGGUCUGAUCACUCUCAUCUGGUAUGACCCUCACCUUCACAUCCCCAUGUACUUCUUCCUUGGGACUUUAGCUGUUGUGGAUACUUGGUUGUCAUCCACAGUGACACCAAAGAUGCUAGUGAACUUUUUUGCUAAGUGCAAACUGAUCUCUCUGCCUGAGUGCAUGCUACAGUUCUUUUCAUUUGGAAUCAGUGCAACCACAGAAUGCUUUCUCUUGGCAGCAAUGGCCUAUGAUCGUUUUGCAGCCAUAUGCAAUCCUUUACUCUACCCAAUGGUUAUGACAAACAGACUCUGUGUACAACUGCUGGUCUCAUCAUUUGCAGGUGGAUUUAUUCAUGCUUUAAUUCAUGAAGGCUUUUUAUUCAGAUUAACCUUCUGUAAUUCCAACAUAAUACAGCACUUUUAUUGUGACAUUAUUCCUUUGUUUAAGAUCUCCUGUACUAACCCUUCUCUUAAUUUUCUAAUGGUUUUUAUUUUUUCUGGCUCAAUUCAGGUAUUCACUAUUUUGACUAUUGUUGUCUCUUACACUCUUGUUCUCUUUUCAGUCUUAAAAAAGAAAUCUGCCAAAGGCAUAAGGAAAGCCUUCUCCACCUGUGGAGCCCAUCUCUUGUCUGUGUCUUUAUACUAUGGUCCUCUUCUCUUCAUGUAUGUGCGCCCUGCAUCUCCACAAGUAGAUGAUCAAGAUAUGAUGGACUCCCUAUUUUACACUGUCAUAAUUCCUGUGCUUAACCCAAUUAUCUACAGUCUGAGAAAUCAGCAAGUCAAAAAUUCACUGGCAAAAUUCUUAAAGCAAAAUGUUUAG